GCAGCGCGAUAAGGACUCCGGUGCGCAAGGAGCCGUGUAUUGCAGCGGUCACGCAGUCGCGAAGCCUCGUCUAUGUGUUGAGCCUCGUCGCCUCCGGGCCGAGUGCUUCGAAUCCACGAAGGAGCGCCAAAAGCGUGUAGUCGUUGAAGUAUACGCAUAGUCGUUGGCCGACGUGCAUUAGCACUUAGCGUGCGACCUGCGGUAAACAGGUGCAUCCGUCCCACUUGACGUCGUCGUAUUCCACGAAAUAAUCCGAGAUGCCUUCAACGCGGGAACGGCUGAGGGCGCGACGGAGGAAGUGACCGUGAGGAAGUGAAACUGCGAUGGUUCGUAAGAUCGAAUAUGCGAUCGUAAGAGCGAAGGUCGAAGCACGGCGGCCAAGCAGACAGGUACACAGACGGACACUUCCCUUCAAAACUUAAGCUAAGAGAAGAACAGUCUACGGGAACGACGCCAUGCUGCCCAUAGUGGCGAUACUGUUGGCAGUCGCGGUAUUCCUGAUCGCGGCCGCCACCAUCGCCUGGCUCUACCUCCGCCUGAUCAGGCAGAUGUCGUGGGAUGAUCACAAGGGAUCGUACCAGCCGUCCAAGACGGAGGAGAAGGUCCUCGGCAAAUCGCUGUCUCUUCUAAACGGCACAGCGAAGGUCGCCGCUUUCGACGAAACCGACCACAAGGACGUGGAAGCGGCCGAAGAACAACCGUCGGACUCCAGCGUGACACUACUGUCAGUCACACCUCGCGAACCAGAAGACGGGCCCGCGCUCAACGGUAGUUUCGCAGAGUUUGACCAAUCACAGACAGCCUCCGGUACGUACUCCUCAGAGAACCGUCCAAUAACGUCAACGCCUGCAGACGGCCUUAGCGCGUGUCGCUAUACAAGGCCACAAGUGCAAACUGCUUACGUGGGGCGAGGUCUCUGUUACGCGUCCGCGACGCACACUGACCUUAGUGAACGCAAAGUGUCGGAUACGUCCAGGUCUAACGUUCCUGACAAGCAGGCGACUCGACUGAACGAGCCCGCUCGAAGCCACGGCGCGUGCGCGUCGACAGCCGCAACGCGCCGAGAGAAUGCGACGGGCGACGUCGAAGAACUGUCGCUGUCGCUGAUGCUCUGGGACUACGCGGGCUUCGAGUGGCCCGGCAAGAACCGGGAAGACGUGUUCGCCACGGACGUUGACGCCUACGCCGGCUCAGAGUGCAGCGGCACCGCCGGCGAAGAGGAGGAAGAGGAGGAAGAGUCGGACGGCCACUCGAGCACGUCGGGAGUGCACCGAGGAGUGCGGAAGACGGAACGCUCGUACUCUUGCUACCCGUUCGUCGAACACGGCCCGCGGCAAGUGCAGGAUUACCGGUGCGUCCCGUUCGCGCAACCCGAGUACGCUGCAGUGCAGUGCAGCGCGGCGUCUUCGGGAAGCCUGCCCAUCUCGGAGGAAGACGAGGCUGACCAAGCGUUCUUCGGGAAGGCCCAGCACGACGAGACCUACAGGCAGUACCUUAGAAGUAUCAUCCUGAAGCGUAAAGCGAGAAUGUACUACGGACUGUACGGCGAUUUGCCCUACUCCUGAGUACUACGAGAAGAAACACCGGUAUGCGUGGUCCUUUCGGCCAUACAAGAACUUGUACUUCCAGAAGCCUGAGUGUGCGGUCAAUGACUCGUGCGUCUUGGACAGGCAACAUUGCUUUAACCUUCUUUUCUA